UGAUUGUACUUGCAGGGUCAUCCAAGACUUGUUGCAGCACUUUCAAAGAUGUACUCCAAACUAAUAAGCAGAGAUGUUGAUGCAAACAAGGAAAUUUUAGUCACUGUUGGUGCCUAUGAAGCGCUUUUCUGUGCCAUCAUGGGCAAUGUUGAUCCUGGUGACGAAGUGAUCAUCAUUGAACCGUAUUUUGAUUGUUAUGAACCAAUGGUGAAACUGGCUGGGGGCACUCCUGUUUACAUCCCCCUGAGACUUGACUUGAUCUUGAGGGACUGGAGAUUGGAUAAAGCGGAGUUGGCUUCAAAGUUCAAUGAGAAGACCAAAGCAAUUAUUGUGAACACACCUCACAAUCCCAUUGGGAAAGUAUUUGAAAGAGAUGAACUGGAAAUGAUUGCAGAUCUGUGCAAGAAAUAUAAUGCAUUAGCAAUCAUGGAUGAAGUUUAUGAGUGGCUGGUCUUUAAAGGCCAUGAGCAUGUGCGCAUGGCAACAUUGGAUGGUAUGUGGGAGCGCACUGUGACAAUAGGCAGUGCUGGGAAGACUUUCAGUACAACUGGUUGGAAACUCGGCUGGGCCUAUGGUCCACAUUACAUCUUGAAAAACCUCCAAACUGUUCAUCAAAAUGCUAUAUAUACUUGUAGCACUCCAAUUCAAGAAGCUGUAGCACAAGGUCUUGAGCUGGAGAUGGGGAGAUUGAAUCAACCAAAUUGCUAUUUCAAUGAAUUGCCAGCUCUCCUUGAACCAAAGAGAGACUUCAUGGUCAAAUUUCUUCGAGAUUUUGGAAUGAAACCCACUAUCCCUGAUGGUGGAUAUUUCAUGAUGGCUGAUUGGUCCAAACUAGCAACAUUGGAUGGUAUGUGGGAGCGUACUGUGACAAUAGGCAGUGCUGGGAAGACUUUCAGUACAACUGGUUGGAAACUCGGCUGGGCCUAUGGUCCACAUUACAUCUUGAAAAACCUCCAAACUGUUCAUCAGAAUGCUAUAUAUACUUGUAGCACUCCAAUUCAAGAAGCUGUAGCACAAGGUCUUGAGCUGGAGAUGGGGAGAUUGAAUCAACCAAAUUGCUAUUUCAAUGAAUUGCCAGCUCUCCUUGAACCAAAGAGAGACUUCAUGGUCAAAUUUCUUCGAGAUUUUGGAAUGAAACCCACUAUCCCUGAUGGUGGAUAUUUCAUGAUGGCUGAUUGGUCCAAACUAGCUGACAAAGUGAUGUUUGAAGGAGAAACAGAUCCUAACAAAGAUUACCGAUUUGUGAAAUGGAUGUCUCGACACAAAAAACUCCAAGGCAUACCCCCUUCAGCAUUCUACUCUCCCAAGAACAAGUAUCUAGGAGAAAAUUUCAUCCGUUUCUGCUUCAUCAAGGAAGAUGCACUUCUCCAAAAGGCAGCUGACAUCCUCUGUGAAUGGAAGAAGUCAUUUGAUUGAUACAAAGCCCAAGUCUUAUCUAGUUCUUUUACUGGGACUUGAAUUAUAUUGCAACACUUUGCAACAGGGAAUUUGAAACAGAGGUAGGAUUGUGUGAAGACUCUUUGGUACUCCAUUGAAUCUCCUGGAGAAAAUAAAAAUUAUCUGCUUCCAGUUUCA